CUAAAUAUAAAUAUAGAGAGAAAUAUCCGCCAAAAUCCAGUUUACAUGGUCGCAAAAGAAGGUUAGCCUCUCUCUGCCCCCAACAGGGAUUCACGCAGCAGGAAGCUGUAGGGCCUGAGGAGACAUCCGGAGCUCAUUCACUGUGACUGGCUUCGUGAAGCGAGUCAAGUUACUGUGCCCAAAGCCAAAGCCGGAAGACUGUCACCUUUGAUAAAAGAUUCCUUCCGACAUGGACGGGUGAAAGCGGAGUUCUGCCUUUCUCCUCCUCCUCCUUCUUCGCCUUUACUGUUGCGGCUGGAGAAUCGUUGGGUAACGGUGCGAAGAAGGGAGUAGGGUGUCAUGGGAAGGAAGGGGAGCAGCUCUUGGCUGACGGCGGUCAAACGGGCGUUUAUGUCGCCGUCUAAGGACUCCGAGAGGAAGACCUCGGGACAAGGAGAGGAAGAAGAGAAGCGGAAGAGGGAGAAGAGGAGAUGGAUGUUCCGGAAGCCGUCAACGCUCGAGCAACAGCAGCAGGCGAGGGCGCCGACGGUAGUCACGCCGGAGGAAAGGCACGCUAUUGCCCUUGCCGUGGCCUCCGCAGCGACGGCAGAGGCGGCGGUAGCGACGGCGCAGGCGGCGGCGGAGGUGGUGCGCCUCACCAGGCCUUCUGCGAGCUUCGUCAAGGAGCAUUACGCCGCCGUCGUCAUCCAAACCGCCUUUCGAGGAUACUUGGCGAGGAGGGCACUGCGGGCUUUGAAGGGGCUGGUAAAGCUGCAGGCCUUGGUGAGGGGUCACAACGUCCGGAAGCAAGCGAACAUGACGCUGCGGUGCAUGCAAGCUCUGGUGAGAGCACAGGCGAGGGUGAGAGAACAGCGCAUGCGGCUCGCCCAAGAGUCGGCGGCGGCGGUUUCUCGAGGUAGCAACAUCUCCUCCUUCAGCUGCGACACCUCUUUCUGGGACUCCAAGUACCUCCAGGAGCUCGCGGAGAGAAGAUCCAUGUCGAGAGAUGGGAGUAGCUUUGCUGAUGAUUGGGACGACCGCCCGAGAACGAUGGACGAGAUACAAGCGACGUUGCAACGCCGGAAGGAUGCUGCUCUCAGACGAGAGAGGGCGCUCUCCUAUGCCUUCUCUCAUAAACUCUUGAGAUCGGAUCGGAGCUCGUCGCGCCUUCUCGACGAAGACGUGGACGGCGAGGUGGCUUCGGCGGGAGAGCAGAGACCGAGCCGGUGGAUGGAUCGCUGGAUCGCCUCAAGGUCCUCUUUUGACAACAGAGCCAGCAGCAGGGCACGAGCCUCCGUUGGCUAUCGGGAUCCCAUCAAGACCUUGGAGAUCGACACCUCUCGACCCUACUCUUACUCCGCCCCCGCCAACCCUCGCCGCCAGACGCCGCCGUCCCCGCAGCCCGUCCCGCUCCACCGCGGUCACCACCACCGACACCAGACCCACUCGCCCACCACGCCCUCGCCCUCCGAGAUGCGACCUUUGCAAGUCCGCUCCGCCAGUCCCCGCUGCGGCCGGCAGGACCACAGGAGCAUCUCCACCGCCCAGACGCCGACCUACCACCCCGCGGCGUCGGUGCCGAACUACAUGGCGGCGACGGAGUCCGCCAAGGCGCGGCUGCGGUCGCAGAGCGCACCGCGACAGCGACCCGGGACGCCGGACCGGGAUCGGGCCAGCUCCGCCAAGAAGCGCCUCUCGUUCCCGGAGCCGGAGAACCUGCGGAGCCCAAGCUUCAAGAGCGCGGCGGCGAGGUUCGCCGGGGAGCCCCGCUCCAACGUGUCCUCGUCCUGCAACGACAGCCUCGUGGGCGAAGCGUCCCCGUCCUCGACGACGGACCUCCGGCGGUGGCUGCGGUGAGGAGGUGGCGCCGGCGGCACAGGGGACUCUGCUUUCUUUUUGGUUUGUUGUGUACGUUUUCUGUGGCUUCGCUUUUGUUUUGGCAGUGGAGUGGGAUUGGGGGA